ACGGCGCAGUAUCAAGUUGUCACGAAGAUAGCUGCCACAUGGGAUAAAGAUCUGGAAAAUUCAUCCAGUGAAAAGUUCAGAAGCUUAAGCUCGAAACUAUGUGAUCUGGUACUAUCACUACUCCGGCUGGGAAAUAACAAGGCUCUUAUGGCACCCACGUGUGAAGUAACUUCAUUCUUCCAAACAACUGCACGCGGGAAACGUGAAAUCAACCGAGAUAAACGUCAAGCCAGUACUGGCGUGUCGGGGAACACGAAACUCUCGUUCACGGAUGUGAGUGCGGCCAAAACGGAUGCGACCGCCCUAGAUACGGCGCUGACCACCGGAUACACUCAGCUCCCAGCUGACCAGAAAUCCCAGUUAGCGGGUGAUUUUCAGGUUACCCUGCACCCGGGAACCAUCGCGUUCAUUGUGGUCGGAGCACUAAUUGUCUUCGGUCUGCUCGCAGUGCUUAUUUAUUUUGCUACACGAGCCGCUCAAGGACUGCCGUUUUGUCCAUGCUCUAACUAG